AUGGAAAAUAAAAAGAGAAAAUUCGAUGAUAUGCAAAUUGAUUUGAACAAGUCCAAUGACAAUUCAUCCAUUUUCUUUGAUCCGUCUUCAAUCCCUGUAAUUUGUUGUCAACACAUUUUUCAAUAUUUACCUAUUGAAUCUUUAAUUUCAGUUUCAUUAACGUGUAGAAUAUGGUACAAUAUACUGAGUUCAAAUAAAUUAUGUUAUAACAAAAAUACAAAAUUAACCUUAUUAAAUGAAAAUCAACUAGUUAAUGUUUCAAAUUCGAAAAUAUUACGUCAUAUUAAUAAAAUUGAAUUUAGUAAAUAUGAAUGUGGAUUAUCAAUUAAUCCAUUAAUGAAUUUUCAAUUCCAUUUUACUUCAUUACGCUCACUUAAAGUAUGUUUUAUUUCAUUAACUCCAUUAUUUAUAACGAACUUAUUUAAUUGUAUUUCUCAAACAUUACAAACAUUAAUUUUAGCAAUGCAACCAUAUUCAAUAUCGAAUUUAAAUAGAGAACUUUCCGAUUCAAUCACAUCCUGUCUUUCUAUUCUAUCAUCAUUACAUCUUCUUUCCAAUUUAAGAUAUUUUUUUGUUCUUGUUCAGCCAAGUGCAAAAAUUGAAUUUGAUAUGGGUAAAUAUUUUAAACAUUUAACAAAAUUACAAAAAUUGAUUAUUCGACAAGAUAAUUAUACAUAUAAAAGAAGUAGAAUUCAACAGUUAAAUGCAAUUCAAUAUCUUUCUAAUUUAAAACAUUUAGAAUGGUUUGAAAUAUUGCCUAAUGAUCUACAAAUUUUGUCAUCUAUUUCGCAUCUACCUCAAUUACAAUAUAUUCAUCUUCAAUCUACAUUGAUUACAAAUGAAAUAUUAUAUUAUUUAAGUAAAAUAUCAACAAUUAGUUCAUUAAAAUCACAUCGAUUUUCACCUAUAAAAAGUAAAUUAAAUAUUAACGGUUUUACUUACUUACUUUCAUUAAAAGAAACAUUAAAAGAAUUAGAAAUCAGUACUAAAAAUAUUAAGUAUGAUGAAUUAAUGAUGAUACAACAUCCAGUACAAGCUGAUUGUACUGAAGAUGAAUAUGAACUCCAUUUAACUUCAGAGCAUGUCAACAUUUUAAAACAAUUUGUUCAUCUAAAAAGUCUAUCAUUCAAUAAAAUCAAUAUAACAAGAGAAUAUUUAGACAAUUUAUUGAUUAGCUUGGCUCAAUAUAAUAAUUUAAAAAUCUUAGAUUUAGAAUCUAUUUGUUUUCCAUCAUUCACGAUUAUAUCAAUAAUUCAUAGUCUAGAAGAAUUAUCAUUAUCAUACCCAUGCAAUAAUAAUAGAGAAGAAUAUACAGAUAAAGAUUUAUUUAUAUUAUGUUCAUUGAAAAACUUAAAAGUAUUAAUAUUAUAUCAUAGUAUGAAUUUAUCAAAAAAGAUAAAAAAACAAAUAAAAGAGAAAACAUUGAAAAAAUCACAAUCAGCUACUUGUUGUAAUUUAAUAUUUGAACAAUUAGAAGAAUUUAUUUAUAACAAUGAUGAUGACGAAGAUGAUGAUGACGAAAAUAAUUGUGAAGAAGAAAAUGCGAUGAUCGGCAGCGCAUAA